AUGAUACCCUUCCAGCUGUUUUAUGACAUAACUUCAGUGAAGAUAAAAUAUGAAGAAGGUUUUGCAAACGUACUAGGGCGUAUUUUUACAAAACCCGAAGUAAUGUGGACAAAAGCUGAUAAGGCUUUAGUUAUUCCUACCGAAUAUAGUUUGUGUAUCGGCUUCUCCUUACAAACUGGUACUCUUGUCUUAUUGCAAUGUUUCUGGAAUUACUUGGCCAACUCCGUCGCAGAAGUCAGCUUCAUGAGUAGCAAAGAGUUUAUGUUCUACAUUUUCUGGACUUGCUCAAGCUUUGUUCUUUUCCCUUUAUUGCAAUACAACUUUUCCCGAGAAAUUUACGAGCCUACUUACAAAGAAAUCAUACCUGAGAUGGUUUAUGGUAUUGAACUAUUUAUCGUUGGCUUACUCGGUGUCAUAUCGCAUUUCCGUUUCAAAAAGUUGUUGAGUAAUUCGAGAGAUACCGACAAUGGAAGAAGCAUUGCUCACAAGAUUCGUUACUUUCAAGAAAUCAACAAAAUUUUGUCAACUGUCUUGUUCGGCCAUGGCGGUUUAUUAACUACCUUAAGUAUUGAUGGUCUUACAACUAGAAAAUAUCUGAAUAUUCACAAAUUUACUGCUGAUUUUUUCAUUUGUAACAUCAAUAUGUGUGCUGUUAUCACUUGGCUGUGUAUGAUUCUCAUCUUCCAUCCCAAACACAGCACAACUCCAGAAGCAGCCUCCAAUAAUAAUUCAGAAAACGAAAUAUAUGCUAAUGGAAACGAAAGUAAGCAAUUCAACAACAACAGUGGUAUCAGCAGCACUAACACGUACAGUCAUGCACCCACUUUAGUUGCGGGUCAUUCUCAAGCCCCCAGUGAAUACAUGUACAAAGGCGUUCACCCGCUAUCCAAAUCAGGCACUCUGAACAGCAGCCAUGCUGACAGUGCAUUUCAUUUUGGACCGCUACCAACACCCCCUCAUAAUGAUGUCAAUAUGAGCUUCCGCAAUAAGAACAACUCUAUAGCAUCUACUGCGCCUUCUAUGACCACUCUGGUGUCUCCUCAAAACAAUCAUAAUUCUGACAAGAACUGUGGCUACCAAUUUAACAGCACACGAUCUCAUAAGGCGACAUCUAUUAGCAGUAAUUGUGGUGGCAUAACAAACGAUAGUAGUAACAACAAUGAAUACUUCCCUAUCAAUAUUCAUGAUGAAAGGACCUUACCCUCAUCUUACAUCAAUGAGAUAUCCUACCAGCAACAGCUGCAGCAGCAAAGCAAGCUUAAUAGUUCAAAUCUAAUCAACACCAAUAAAGCAAUGAUGAAUGCGAAUGCAGCUUCGUAUCAGCCAAACAGCUACUAUGUACAGCAAGAAGAAAAAGAGUUAGCAGAUCCAAAAAACAAUUACAGAAAGACGUUACACAAUAGUCCUAUGAGUCCCUUGAACAUGUCGUCUGCUUUUUACCAACACCAACACCAACAGCAGCACUUUUUCCCACCACAUAAUUCGGCCAUGAAAGCCUUGGAUGAUCCUUUUGGUUCAGUUGUAGAAGAAGAAGAAGACGACGAAUAUGUUCCUCCUCCUCUCUCACCUGCAAGGAAAAAUCGUGAUAUUGUGUCUCAACAACAUCAUCUUCUUCAUCAACAACCGCAGCUUCCAACUACCACUGCUACUACUGCUGCUACUGCUACAAAUGACAACCUCACUGCUUCACAUUAUCAACAACAACAACAACAACAACAACAACAGCAUCAACAACAAAAACAAUUGGAAGCGCGUCGCUAUACUCAUUCUAUGAAUAUAAUAACUGGAGAAGAAGAUAUGAGACGCGAAUUUGGUAUCAACAACCAACAUCAACCUGUAACGUUAAAGGAUGAGAGUAGUACAAAACAGCAGAUCAAUAACAAUAGUGAAGAAAAAAAUUUCAUCUCACCAUCACUAUCCAAUAAUAAGCAUUUGCAUCAACAAAAUCAACAGAUGACAGAAGAACCUGAUACCGCAGUAACUACUGCGAUGAAUAACACUAACAAUACGGCAGCAAUCUCCCAUCCCCAAGGUGUCGUAGGCUUACUUAAUCAAUCCACGUCCUCGCUUCUGUUACCGUUACCAUUCGAACAAAAUUAUCAAAACAAAUCACAUAAUUCACAACAGCAGAGCCAACAAUAUGGCUUUAUGGAUGAAAAUAUAGCGAUGACAUCUUCAACAACAGCAAUAAAACCUUCAUACAACUAUGUCUAA